AUGGCUAAGCUGUACGACUACCUGUUCAAACUGCUACUUAUUGGCGACUCCGGAGUCGGGAAAACAAGCAUUCUUUUCCGGUUUUCUGAAGAUGAGUUCAACUCCACCUUCAUAGCUACUAUAGGCAUCGACUUCAAAAUCCGUACACUAGAAAUGGAUGGCAAAAAGAUCAAAUUACAGAUAUGGGAUACGGCUGGCCAGGAACGCUUUCGCACUAUCACUACUGCCUAUUAUCGAGGCGCAAUGGGUAUAAUGCUUGUAUACGAUGUUACAAACGGAAAUUCUUUCGAUAAUAUCUCUACUUGGAUGAAUAAUAUAUCUCAACAUGCUAAUCAAGACGUUGAAAAAAUGCUUUUGGGAAACAAAUGUGAUGCUUGUGCAGCAAGAGUAGUACCUACUGAAGCUGGUCUUCAGCUUGCGAACUCAUAUGGAAUUCGCUUUAUGGAGACCAGUGCGAAAUCUGAUAUUAAUAUCACUGAAGCUUUCAAAUUACUAGCGCAAAAUAUCAAAGUUAAAAUGGAGGGGAAAAUGGAGAUCAUUAACCCACCCAGAGAAGACACAAGAAAUAUCAACAGCAAACGACCUAAACGUCAAAUAUGGCGAUGUUCCAUAUUAUAA